AUGCGUGUUCGCGCGCACGCUGCUCUUAACUGGGUCGGCACAACAGCAGAGGACUUUGGCACCGAUUUGCAGAUGCUCCCUUACCCAAUCGGCUUCAACGGCUUCAUCGACGAGGGCCUGAAGAACUUCACCAACUGGGAGGACUUCUAUGGUCCGGAAAAGAUCGGCGACGACCAGUUCACCAAUAUUGUGCAGCCGAUGGAGGUGGCCUACGCUCGCACUGGACUUCCUGGCGUCUUCGAGAUCCCAGAGCCGUGGUUCAAGCCUGAGGAUACCAUCAUCGUCACUGAUGGCCACUGCGCGUCCGCCUGCGCCUAUGUUGUAGGCAUGAUGACCCGCGAGCUCGGCAUCCCAGUCGUCGCCAUGGGUGGUCGCCCAAUUGAUGCGCCCAUGCAAGCCGUAGGAGGCACCAAGGGCGGUCCCGUCAUCACACUGAGGCCGUACCAGUUGCUCUACCCCGCGCUCGGCACCUUCGUCUCGCCGCCUGAGGAUGUUGACAUGACGCCCUUCGCUAAGCCAGACCCACCGCUGGCUGGUAUGCCUACAGAGACAUGGACCAUCAACUCGGCCAACAUUUAUCUGGACGAUGACCUAGAGGGUACUCCUGUGCAGUUUAGAUAUGAAGCGGCGAACUGCAAGCUAUACUACACCUGGGACACUCUAACGAACAUGACCAACCUGUGGACUGCGGUAGCAGACAUCAAAUGGAAUGGAGGCAAGUGUGUGUCGGGCUCAACCACGAAUGAUGAUGGUACCAUGGGCUCAUCUACGCUUGGAUACUCGGAUAAGGUUGUAUCGAACUUUACGUGGGCUGCUGGUCCUGGAGAUGUUAUCGAGGGAUCCAGACCAGAUAACGGCGGUGGUGGCGGAAAUGGUACUGGCGAUGGUAAUGAUGAGGAUCAGAACGCUGCCGGCUCGCUAAGAGGUGGUGGAGGCCUGUUGUCUUUCUUGAUGUUUGCGAUUGUGGUGGUGUUCAUCAUGUAA